CGACAUCACAAAAACCAAAUCCCCUAUUGGCUAUGCAACACUCAUUACACUUUCUCGUUAUUGUAAUUUUAACAUAGCAACCUGUGAAUUUACCGAACAAAAACUUGAAAUUUCCAAAACUGUCGACUCCAUUUAACGUUUUUCCCCACAAUACAUGUUCAAUUACAUACUAAUUUUAUUCAUCCUCUACAUAUCGACCAUCGUCCUGAGCGAAGAAGACCCAUAAAAAAACCCUCCCCACAUAUUCCUUAGAAACGACACAAAAAAAAAUAAUUAGCCCGCACGAAACAUGAAGAGCGGACGGAAAUUAUCAGUUUCAGAGAAAAACCUCUACAGGCGCGAGACCUUCGACUAUACGGACAACGGCACGUGGCAGGAGCGCGCCAAACGCAACGUACCGUCGAAUCCGCUGAUCCAGAAGAACCUGCUGUUCCUGCAGAACUACAGCAAGUUGUUUCGCACGGCGUCGCGCACGCGCAACCGAUCCGGCGCCCCCGACGAUUUCUUCAAGUCCACGUUGCGCGGCGACACCUUCGAUUUGAUCAGAGACCUCAACAUCGGCGUCCUGCUCAAACCCUCCAAAUCGUUAGAGAACCUAAGCGAGUAUUCGCAAAGGAAGCGCCGGUCCCGCAGGACCUUGGUGUCGCCGAAGCGCAUCCUCAGGGUCCCGUCGAGGUCGGAGUUGAAGAGGCGCGGGCCCGAAGAGCAGGAGGAGCCCCGCUUGAAGGAGAUAUUCGCGGCGCGCGCGAGAGACAGCGGCUCCGAAAGCGGCGACGAAUUCGGGUUUUCCCUGUCGCAGUGCGGCGGAUUUUCCGAUUUUCUCGAUAAAGUCGAGGAGGUAAAGGAAGAAGACGAAGAAGUCAAGGAGGAAUCGGAACCGAUCGAAGAGGAGGAAAUAAUCGUCGAAGAAGCGGACGAAGAGAAAGAAUUCGAUUGCGAAUCGAAGCAGGACGUUGAUUUCGAUCAAUUGAAUAGCAGAUUGAAUGUCAUAUUGAAUAACGAUAUAAAGGUAGAAGAAAGUAGCAUCAUGAAGUGCGAUUGCGACCAGGACCUCAAAGAGGUCGAAAAAAUGAUCAACAUGGCCUCGAAGGAGCUCAAAGGAGUCGCCGCGGAAAAUAAGAAAAUGAUGGAGUGCCUUGAUCAAGACCAGGAGUCCAUAUUCAAAUACAACGCGGAAGCGGACGCGGCCAUUUUGAGGGAGCUGGACGAAACGGAGUGCGAGGCCAGGCAUACGGCGACCAUCAUCAGCAAAUUGAAGGCGCGCGUGACGGAAUUGUCGAAGAAGGAGAAGAUGACCGAAUGCGAGGCGAAGGAAUUGGGCGAUUUGAACGCCGAAUUGAAGAACCAAAUGACCAUAUUCGAGCAGAAGACGAAGAAGAUUCAGGACCUGUUGAAGAACGACAAUUUGUUCUCCGAACCCGGCGGUUUUCAACCAUCGCAAUACGACGAGGACAUUCUACCGAAAGUGGUCGUUUGCGGUCUGACCGAAAAUUGCAUGCCCAAAUUGUUGAUUUGCGACGACGGCCAAUCGAAAUGCGCCAAGCAAUUCUCGCCCGAAAAGACGAGAAAACCGAGACCCAAAGGACAAGGUCCUUGCACGUGCUUCCCCUGCGGCCCCUGCACGCCCGCCUGCUGCUCGCCCUGUCCCCCUUGCUCGCCCUGUUGCCCGCCCCUUUGCCCGCCGCCAUGUUGCCCGCCGCCUAGUUGUUGCCCGCCGCCUAGUUGUUGCCCGCCUCCUAGUUGUUGCCCGCCUCCUAGUUGUUGUCCACCUCCUAGUUGUUGCCCGCCUCCUAGUUGUUGUCCACCUCCUAGUUGUUGCCCGCCUAAAUGCCCACCAGCUUGUCCACCUCCGCCUGGUUGUUGUCCUCCACCUUGCCCGCCGAGAUGUCCGCCAAGAUGUCCUCCAGCUUGUCCUCCUGCUUGUCCACCGCCUUGUCCGCCGAAGAGCAGCCCUUCAUCCCCGAAAAUGGCUUGCGGUCCCGGUCGAGGAACGUGUCCAGCCGACAUCGAAACCCGUCUACAAGAAUACGCCCAAAACACCCAGAUGCUGGAACGGCAAUUGUACUGCAUGGAAAACGAGGUAAAAUGCAUGCACAACGAACUGAUGGCGGUGCAAAGGGAACGCGAACACUUGGAGCACCACAGGAAGAUGCUCUGUCCCGCCUCACCCUGCGUCAUGCCGCCCCCGUGUCCGGGUAGCCCGUGUCCCCCGUCGCCCUGCAUACCCGUUUGCAUGCCGCCCCCGCCUUGCAUGGCGCCGCCGCCGUGCGUCCAAAAACCCGGUUGCGAGACGCAAUUGAAGGAGCUGCGCGAGCAGUACAAGCGGCUGCAGGACGACUUCAAAGGGAAACUGUGCGAGGUGGCCGGCCUGCGGGCCGAGAACGAGCGAUUGAAGGACAAGACGAGGCACGCCGAGGACGCCCGAAAGUGCGCCGAGAAGCGCCAGCGCGAGCUCGAGAACGAAAUCAAACGAUUGAAGGGCGCCCUCAAGCCCAAGGACGCCAUCACCAAGGAGCAACUGGUCGAAUUGCAAGGCCAAUUGGACGUUGCCAAACAGCGGUUCAGAGAAGCCCAAGACGAAUUGGACGAGUUGCGAUUGUUGGUCGACGAUCAACAGAAGCAAUUGGACGAUUAUCGCAACAAAUAUUUGGAAGCGCAAGAACGCGUCGAGGAACAGAAGCGCCAAAUCGACCUGAUGGAAAUGGAGAACCAGCGCAUCAGCGAGCAGGUGAACCUCGAGAUACAGCGCGUCAAGAACCAGUUCCAGGAGAAGCUGCAGGAGCUGAUGCCGCUGCCCGACAUACUCAAGGCGACGCAGAUCAAGCUGCAGGAGGCGCAACAGAUGCACCUGCUGGCCGAGCGCAACAACGAGGCCAUCGCCAGGGAGCUGCAGAUGUACAAGGACAAGGUCAACGCGUUGGCGGGCCAAAUCGACAACGUGAAGAGCGAGAGCGCCGUCGGCCAGGAGGCGGUCGAGCGGAUGAAGUGCAAGGUGGCCGAGAUGGAGGAGCAACUGAAGGAGCUCAACCAGUUGAACAAUCAAUUGAUCACCGAUUUGGAGAAGUCGCAGGAGAGGUGCGAUGAGUACGAGAAGUUGGCCGAUGAAAGGUUGCACGAGAUUACCCAGCUCGAGGCGCAAUUGCAGGGAUUGAGAGAAGAAACUGCCAGACAGGUGUCGAGGAUAAAGGACAGGUGCGAGAUCGUGCGCAGAUCGAUGCAGAAGCAAAUCAACGAUUUGGAACGGGAAUUGGCCCAGAGCAGGGCGAUGGCGAAGUCGGCGCAAAAGGAUAGAGACGAGAUUCGAUGCAAGAUGCAGGCGCAAAUCAACAAUUUGAACGAGAACUUCGAGGACGCGCAGAUGAGGAUAAAGAACCUGCAGGGGCACGUUAACUUCCUGAAGAACACCUACGGUGAUGGUAUGUUGAACACGUGCGACAGGGAGAAGGACCAGCCGGAGCCCUGCGAAUGCGCGGGGGCUUAUUGAGGUGUGUUUGUUGGUUUUUUUGGGGCGCAAAAACGUUUGCACCAUGUGAAACUUUUUUUUUUUGAUCCGGUCGAUGUCUAUUAUAUUUUUUUUAUUUAAUCGAGUUUCAUGUGGUGUGGAUUAUUUGGCAUAAAACUGGUGUUUGUCUGAUGAAUAAAUUUCUUCUUGAAUAAA